GGGAAGUCCCAUCGCAGUAACAGAAGCUAACACUAACUGUUAGCUAGAUAACAGAUUGACUUUGAUUUUCUACUGACAGCUUUGCUUCGAUGUCAGUCCUGCGGAGGCCAUGGCGGAAUCAUCGAGCGAAUCGGACACUUAUUUGCGCGGACGCGGUUAUCGCCCGCGAGGGCGGGAUACCCACUCCCGACACAGAAGGGGGAGAGCCAGCGCAGAUGCGGACAUUUCGGAGAAGAUCGACACCUUGGCAAACACCCUGGAGGACACAAGUCGAAAUCUACAUAACGUAGACCGGAUGCUGGGUCAGUACAGGGAGCACACAGACGACCAGGCUGAAACCAUGGCAGCGCUGAGAGAGGACCUGGAGGAGUCCAUCCAGCAGCUGCGCAGCCAGCGCCUGCAGAGGGCCCACGCGGGCCGCAGCGGCUCCCUGUCCACGCUCCACACCAGCGACCUCGAGGCUGGCUCCGCCUCUGAUGGUCAUCGCUAUCAUCCCACCUCUCCUCUGAGGGACUACGCUGGCCGCGAAACAGCGGGAAGGAGGCGAUCCAGGUCUGCCACCGUCCGCUUCAGGGACCCCGGCCAUCUGGAGCACCACGUGCACAGUAUGCAUCAGUCCCUGCGGGACUUGCACAGUGACCAGCUCCGCCUUGGGGAUGAUGUAGACCGAGAGAUCCACAGGCGAAACAAGGUGGAUGUGGAAACCAAGCGGACUUUAGAGCGACUGUCUGACCAGCUGCUCUCAUCACAGAGAGGGGAUUCGGUGUCUUCGCGCGUGGAGAAGCGCCUGCAGGAGAUAGAGAAGGAGAUCCGGGCGGAGCGGCGGGGUGCGGAGAAGCGGCCGGAGCAGCGGCCGGAGCAGCGCGCAAACAUGUCCCAGGAGCUGCAGGAGGCUCUGAGGAGGCGAGAGAAUGCGGCCGGAGAGUCAGAGGAGGCCAUGAAGAGCAGGCUGCUGCGAUCAGAGUGUGACAAGAACAAGGUUGAGCAGGAGCUGGAAAAAACCCGGAGACAACUGGACCAGUCUGAAGGGGGCCGGGAUGCCCUUUUACAGCAGGUGGAGGACCUGCGUGUGCAGCUACUGAGGACAGAGCGGGAGCGCGUGGACAUGCAGCAGCAGAUCUCUGUCCUGACCUCCCAGCAGAGGAGCCGGCAGGACCGCGAGGAGCUCGGCAGAGCGGAGCUGGCGGAGCUGGAGAGGGAGGUGCAGGAGCUGCGGGCGGAGCUGGGGCGGGGCGCCGCGCGGAGCGAGGCGGCGGAGCUGAGGAGAGCCCUGGAGCGCAAAGACAGGGAGAGGGCACAGCUGUGUGUGCAGGUGGAGGCCCUGUCCUCGGACCUGGAGCGGCGGGAGCAGCAGCAGCUGCGGAUGCUGGAGCAGCUGAAGGAGCUGCAGGCGCGGGCAGAGGCCUGCAGGGCGGAGCGGGAGCGGGCGGAGGCGCAGCGGGACGAGAGCGACAGGAGGAGGGAGGAGGUGAAGAGCCGCGCCCAGGACGCCCUGCGCCACUGGAAGGCCAAGUGCAAGAGCCUGGAGCGCCACCUAGAGGAGAAGAGCAAGGAGGCCCAGAGCAGCACAGACAAGACACGCCAGGCCUGCAGGGAGAGGGACGGGCUGCAGGUGACGCUGCAGUCCCUCGGGCAGCAGGCGGAGGCGCUCCGCAAGGAGCUGGGGGAGGUGGUGGGCCGGCUGGCGCAGCGCGAGGAGGACCUGCGGAGGACGGAGGUGGAGCUGAGCGACACCCGGGCCCGGCAGCUGGCUCUGGAGCAGGAGGCGCGGGAGGUGCGGGACGCCUCCCGCUCCCUGCAGGAGGCGGCGGAGCGGCAGGGCCCGCUGGAGGCGCGGCUGCGGGAGGAGAACCGCGCCCUGGAGGCGCGGGCGGAGGAGCUGGAGCGCGGGCGCGGGCGGGACCGCGAGGCGCUGCAGGAGCUGCGGGCGGCGGCCCGGGAGCUGGGCGCGGCGCGGGCGGAGCUGGCCGCCCGGCUGGAGGAGGCGGAGGGGGCGAGGAAGGAGGCGGAGGGCCGGCUGGAGGCGGCGCUGGAGGACGCGCUCUCCCAGGGCCAGCAGCUGAAGCUGGAGAGGGAGCUGCACCAGAGCGAGCUGGCCGGCCUGCAGGGGGCGCUGCGCGACGGCCGGGCCAAGCAGGAGCGCGCCGUGCAGGAGGCCAUCAGGCUGUGCCAGCAGGAGAGGGAGGAGUUGCAGGCUCACCUGAGGGAGGUGAAGGCGGAUGCGGCGGCGGCUAAAGACCUGGUGAGGGCGCACCGCCGGCAGGUGGAGAAGAUGAAGACGGAGUGCGACAAGCUGACGGAGGAGCUGUCCCUCGCGGAGGAGAGCCGCGUGCAGCUCCGCAGGAAGUACCAGCUGCUGAAGCAGGAGCUGGAGGAGAAGGUGAAGUUGGUGGCCAGAGGGGACGAGCGUGCCGAGGGCAUGGAGGCCGCCAUCGCGGAGCUGCGGGUGCAGGUGGGCCGGCUGGAGGCGGAGCAGGAGGCGGUGCUCCACACCAUCGGGGCGGAGAUCGACGCCGCCUGCAAGACGCUGUCCAGGGACUCCGACGACAAGCUCAAUGCCAUUUCCCUCAGUGUCGGGCUUCAGAAGGACCCUCACCGCUGGCUGGCUGAGACCAAGACGAAGCUGCAGUGGCUGUGUGAGGAGGUGAAGGAGCGGGAGGCUCGGACCCGGCGGCUGAAGCGGCACCUGCAGCAGAGUAGAGAGGAGAUCAAGGGCCUGAAGCAGAACAAAGACGCGGAGCAGCAGGUGCUCCUGGAGAGGCUCACGCAGCAGGAGCGGCUGCUGGAGGACAUCCACGGGGAGAAAAGGGAUCUGUUGGAGAAGUCACGCAGGAAGGACGAGGAGAUGAGGACUCUCCAGGAUCGAAUAUUGGACCUGGAAAUGAGCACCAGGCUAGCGCUGAAUCACCUGGAGUCCGUCCCUGAGAAGCUGAGCCUGAUGGAGAACUUCAAGGACCUGGAGGAGUCUCAGCGGCAGAGAGAGAUGGUGGAGCAGCGCUACGCCCGAUACAGGGAGAUCGUGGGCGACCUGCAGCACCAGCUGGAGGAGUCCAAGAGAAGAAUCCAGGAGUACAGGGACGAGAAGAUGGACGCCGCAUCCCGCAGCAUUCGCCUGGCCGCCCUCUCCUCCUCCAUCCGGGGUCAGACCAGCUUCCUGUCUAGCUCCUUGCUCACUGAUAGUGCCUCGCCGCACAAACGCAUGAGCUCUCCGGACUUCGACAGCAGUCUCCACGAAGAUCACAGUUCACCUGUAAACAGCACAAAAUCUCAGCCCUAAGACAGUAACACGUAGUCUAGUCCCCAGUGCAAAAUGAGACCCAGGACACACAGUCCAUGUCCACAGUGCAAAAUGUGACCCAGGACACACAAUCCAGUCUACAGUGCAAAAUCUGACCCAGGAGCACACAGUCCAAUUCACUGUGGUCAGUUAUAUUUUUAACCAUACAGAAAUACACCACCAUCCCCUGCACAUCUAACAUUGUAUUCCAUCCUCUCUGCAGUGGGUUAAAACCCUGCACCCUGAAGCUGUUUGCAACAACUACCUCAAAGGGAAACUUAAAACUAUGAUCAAACAGUAUAGCUUUGUCUCAGCAGUUGGAGGUUGGUAAUCUGUGCUUACGGCAGUUAUUUGAGACAUCUCCUAAUAAGAUGU